GUUCUGUGCUGUUUGAUCUCUUCGUUGCAGAGAGCAAUGCUGCGUUUGGCGCUUGCUCCGGUCUUGUGCUGCGCUUGGUGGGACAAUGGCCAUAUGCUGACGGCGGAGAUUGCAAGGCAGCAGCUGAGCCAAACAGAGAUAGACACCGUCAACGGCAUCUUGCAGGACUGGUCCAGCGACUUUCCGGGCGUCACGGACUUGGUGAGCUCAGCGGUGUGGCCCGAUAUGCUGAAGUGCAGCCACCAGAGCGUGAUUUGCCCCCGGGAGAUCAUGGAUGACAUUCAUGUCUUCGACGAGUGGCACUUUGAUGGCAGACCGUACAACCCGCAGAACUUGAAGCUCCCAGAGGGUACUGACCUCUGGAUGAAUAAUCCUUCUGCUUCCUACACGCUGUCGUCAGCGAUCUCUUCCUUGGGCAAGUCCAACUCUCGCUUCGCUUUCAACUUUAUGACUCGUUUCGCGCUGCACCUGGUGGGCGACAUUCAUCAACCGCUCCACACCGCCGAUGGCUACUUCGACGAUCCAAAGCUGGGGCACUGGCCGAAGGGCGACCGCGGUGGCAACAGGAUCUUCGUGAACAGCUCCUGCGGAACCACCAAUCUUCAUGCUUUCUGGGACUCAGUCGCCUGUGAAUACAUGGAGAACUGGUCGCCAGACUACAAGGAUUGGGCUGUACUGACCGCCAACGCGUCCUCUUUGAUCUCAAAGUACCCGAAGACGUUCUUUGCUGGCCGCUAUGAUCCCAAUCACCUGGACAAAUGCUGGGAAGAAGCGCAAAUGGGUCAUGGGGAAUCUUUCGCGUGUCACGACGCCUUCGUGGCGUGGGUGAACGACACCUACAAGGUGGGCAUAGAAGGCGGCGUCUACAAGGGCAUCACCAGGUUGCAGGAGCUCCCCGCAGAGUAUGUGAAAUGGGCCAAGGACAUUGCGGAGCAGCAGCUGGCGCUGGGCGGUUACCGCCUGGCCGACUUCCUGCGCCUCGCCGCCGCCCAAGGGGGCGGCCUCGCGGCGCGGCCGGGCCCCGCGUCGCCUAUUGAAUGGACCACGACCGCCAAGGUCUUUGCCAGUGCCAGCUUUGUGCUCUUGCUUCUGGUCGCUGCACUUGCAUUAUCCUUGUGCCGCAUCCGGCGCAAGAACCAGUCUGAGCAAGAGUUGUCUUGCGAGCUUAAUCCAAGAGCCGUGGCCCCAUGAAGGGCACUGGCACUCGGAGUUUCAAAGAUCCUUAGAAACGGCCUUUGCAAGCAAAGUUGGAUGCAACA